GCGUAUGGAAGAAGCCAGCUCCUCAACGGGGAGCGCUGGUGGGGCUGGACCAAGUGUUCCCAACUUGCCAUCAACAUCAGAAGCUGCCAUAGGACAGACGAAUCUUGAGCCGGAAAGUAUUGCUCUUCUUCAAUCACAGCUUCAGGAGUAUCGGCAGAAGCAAAUGGACCUUAUUGGUCACUUUCAACGCGCUCAGCAAGAGCUGAGCGUCCAACACAUGCACAAUUUAUAUGCUGCGUUGCAACAACAACAGCAGUUGCAGAACUUGCAAACCGAGAGGAGCGCCGUCAAUCCCUUGUUGAUUAGCCAGCAGCAUUCGACAGAGGAUCAAAACUCAGGCCCAGCUGCCCCAUUAUCACUGGCGAAUUCCCUCACAAAUCUCCUCUCCUCAUCCAACGGCAAUUUAUCCGUACCACAGACGCCGACAAAAGAGCACCACCCGACGGCGCCAACAUCAAAUCGAAAAUGUGACCUUCCGAGAUCAAACUCAACCACAAUUUCACAGCUCACCAAAGAUCGGCUCAAAAAUAUGAUUGCCAACAGGAGUAAAGGGGAGAGUAACAGUCAGUCAAACUUGAUGUCCAACAGUGUCACUGCCAAUGGAAAUGGGCAUGACAAUGGCAGAAAGCUCAAAAACUCAAACUCACAAGUCAACGUCUCCUCGCCACACUUUGAACCCUACCGGUUACCGACGAGCCUGGCCAAUGCGCACAAUUUGCAACAAGCCAGCGAGUUUCAACUCAGAAAAGUUAAUUCAGAGCCAAAUCUUAAAAUGCGAAUACGUGCCAAACUAUUGUCAAAAGGAAGUAGUCCUGUUCAACACGUGCAACAAAACAACUCACAGUUCAAUUUCACACAUCCUCAACUUAAAAGAAGUGACAGCGAAACUUCUCAAAAUGUGCCACUCGACUUUAUGCAAUCUAGUUCUCAAACCAAUCUACCACAUCUCAUGCUGCCAUCACCGUCCCUGCCAAAUCUAGCCGCCGCCGGCGCGUUCCAUGGUCUUAAUCUUCCAGUUGGACAGGAUCUCAAUGCUUUUAUGGCUGUGGCUAAUCUCAGCCCAUUUCUCAGUCUUCCCAGUUUGUUGAACAAGAAAUUAGAGCUCGGCGGAUUGACGGAUGAAGGUGACCGAAACGGACUGAUUGGCUCAUCCUCCACAUCAUCUCUAGCUUCAAACGUUAGCAUGGGAUCUCACCAGUAUCAAUCACUGCUCAAGCAACAAAUCCGCGACCUUGUGCUCCGGCGAAAAAGCCUUGUGAGAGAAGAUCCAGAAGGCGAAGGGCUUGCCGAACUCUACAAUGGCCUCCUUCCACAGGCCAAACUCCAACAACUUCAAGCGCUUGCAGCUGAAUCCGGAUUUCUGGCAAAACAAGAGCCCACGUGUACAACUGGAUUAGGAUACGACCAGGCAAUGGUGAGACACGAGUGUUGUUGCGGAAAUAAUGCGUCUCACGUGGAGAACGGAGGCCGAAUACAAAGCAUUUGGUCAAAGCUCAUCGAGCACGGACACGUUCAAAAGUGUGAGAAAGUAACAGCCAAGAAGGCUUCUCUGGAGCAAUUGCAGCUGGUGCACUCUCAAACGUACACCACAUUCUUCGCGGUUUCCCCGACGGCGUGUCUCAAAAUUGAUGCAAACUCAUUACCGUUAAAGCGAUUCCUUCAACUUCCGUGUGGAGGAAUCGGGGUUGAUUCAGACACUUAUUUCAACGACGCCAGUACUCAAACUGCUGCGAGAUUAGCUGCUGGAACGCUUAUUGAGCUUUCGUCUCAGGUUGCCGAAGGACGACUGAAAAAUGGAUUUGCGUGUAUUCGGCCGCCAGGUCAUCAUGCAGAACAUGAACAAGCUAUGGGCUUCUGCUUCUUCAAUAAUGUUGCUGUUGCUGUGAAAGUCUUACAGACGAAGUACCCAGCACAAUGUGCCAAAAUUGCUAUUAUUGACUGGGAUGUUCACCAUGGUAACGGAACCCAACUAAGUUUUGAAAAUGAUCCCAAUGUACUCUACAUGUCACUACAUCGUCAUGACAAGGGAAACUUUUUCCCUGGAACCGGAUCUGUGACCGAAGUCGGAAAGAACGACGCAAAAGGACUGACUGUAAAUGUGCCAUUCUCCGGAGAUGUGAUGCGAGACCCAGAGUACUUGGCCGCGUGGAGAACCGUUAUUGAGCCAGUAAUGGCUAGUUUUUGCCCAGAUUUUAUCAUUGUGUCAGCCGGAUUUGAUGCUUGCCACGGACACCCGAACGCACUUGGCGGAUAUGAAGUCACACCGGAAAUGUUUGGAUAUAUGACAAAAUCGUUGUUGAAUUAUGCGAGUGGGAAAGUUGUGCUGGCUUUAGAAGGGGGCUACGAUUUGAAAAGCAUUUCUGAAGCCGCUCAACAGUGUGUUCAGGCACUCAUUGGCGAAUCCGAUGACGCAGGUCGGUUGAGCUCAGUUGCUCUCGAAUCAUUACCUAAUCCAAGUGCAGUUGAGACGUUACAAAAGGUCAUUGCUAUUCACAAAAGUUAUUGGCCUGCUUUACAUGGUCAAGAGGCCGCAAUUAACACAACGGAAAUGCAAUGGAGGAAUUUGAAGCUCCAAGUACAAAUGCAGCAGCAACAACAACAACAACAAACGUAGCAUGUGAAGAUUGAUAGAUGCUUAAAAAUUAAAGAAUCAACCUCCCCCCACUCAAAUAAUUUCAAAGAAUCGCCGUUACGAGUCACUUGCAUAAUUAAACCAAUACCAUGAAGCGACAAUAAUUAGUGAAUCUUUUCUGACAUUAGAUCUGUAUAUGUAUCGAAUCUUCCCCCCUCAUCUCUCUGUCCCAAUUGUACCUUCCAAGUAUAUGUGAUAUGUUCAUAAUUCCAUUCUGCUGGCAUAGAAGAUGCGUUAGCUUUUCCUAGACAAUUUCAGAAUCCAAAUCCGAAUCCAAAUCCAAAAAUUCAAUCGCUCUAACGGGGUCUAACAUUUUUUCUUCUCUCUGUUUUCUCCCAAUCUGUUCUGUUCCAUACACUGUCGUAUCAAAAACUUAGAGUAUAUUUAUGAAUAAUUAUAUAAUUAUAGCAUGCUCCAGAAACGUCGUGAUCCCAGUCUCAAAAGACAAUGUGAUUAAUUUCUCUCUCUCUCUCCCUCUCUCAAAAGGUUUAGUCUUCUCCCAACCUCUCAUCUACAGUCUCGUCAAUUUAAUCAGCAUUUUAUGUCUUCUCCCUCUGUCUCCCCAGUGAUAUAUUUUUUUCUUCCACUCCCACCCGUCCAAAAUAAUCCAAAUCUGUCAUAUAAAUAUAAAUAUAUGUUUUAAGUUAAUUUCCACUUUUCACCCAUUUGGUCCUGUGUUUCUACUCGUUCGUAUCAAAAUUUAAAACUUACCUGUCUCUCAUCCUCUCAUUUUGGUUUCGAAUUCGGGCAUUUUACGGGAAAAGUUGCGAACGCACAGCUACAUAUUUAUUUCAAUUUUUUAGAAAAUUUUUUGAUACACUUAGGGUAAUGCUUGGAAGUUUGCCACUUGACGCUUGAAAUGUCCGGAUUAAAAACCUACCAUUUGCAAUUUAUUCGCCUAUUUCUGUACAUUUCUGGAGAAUCAUUUGUCUUGCACACCAAAUUUGAAAUAGUUCGACUUUUUCAUCAAAUAAAGUUAUUAAACUUAAA